AUGGGGACAAUUGCAGGUGCCUCGAGUAGUCAAUCCCAGACGAGCGGAAGUCAAGGCCAUCAUUCUUUACAACAAGCACCCCAAACUCCUCCUGGAACCUCUUUAGCUUUGUCUGGCACUUGCAAUUGCUUUGCUACUACUCCCACUACUGCUACUACGACCAUGUCCAGCACUGGCUCGCGUCCUUUUGCGAGAGCCCCUGGUUCAGAGCGUAGUGCACAAUACAGGAAUGCAGUCGCAACGGCUUCUGGCAUCGAUACAACUACGGCGCUCCCGCCUUCUCUUCCUUUGGCAGCCGAGCCCCGAUCACACCCAAAUCAUGUUGAUUCUUCCCCGGCAAGUUCUCCAAUAAUUCAGACAUCUGUUCCCACUACACCAGUAAAACGACCCGGUUCUCCACGUUCCAGUUGUUUAGAAGAUAUUUCAACAGGUCCAGUUUCGGCUGCUACGAAUAUGGCCACCAGCGAACCUCUUGUUUCGCUACCAGCUGCGCCGCCUACCUUAGGAAAUACUUAUCUUAUGGGUUCUUCACUCGUGACGAAUUCUGCUUCCGGUUUUAUGACAGCAGGUAUGGACAGCUCUCUGGUAAACUCUGCCUGGUCAGCAGUUGGUGACGUUUUGUCUGGAGAAUCGAUGAUGGGAUCUUCAUUCCUCAAUUCUCAGUCUCAGCAAUUGUCAGGCGGUUUCGAGAUGCUUCAGAGUAGGGUUCCUUCUUCCGUUGAUCACUUGACUUUGAAUACAUUCGCCCCCAACUCCCUGUCCCAAAGUGCUUCCGGAAUGAGGUCACAAAUGCAGGGUUCACAUAAUCAUAUUCAACCUCCACCCCCAUCUAUUGCUUCAGCACUAGGAUCUGUACAACAGAGGCGGAUUAUCCAGCAAACACCUCAUCAAGUUCUACCACAGCAGCAACAACAACUUGUUUCCUCUCUCCAUCACCAUGGUCCUGGUGGCUCAUGGGCCCAGCUGCCACCUUCCAGUCUAGAUCUACCUGCUUACCCGCUUCCACAAUCGCAACAAAUGCAUCCUUUCGCCAUUGGGAAUAGUGGGAGUGCUUCAGUCGCGAAUCAAUUCGCUUUGCCACCACCGAGUCAAACUGGCUUGUCUGAUCCUAAAUCUGCCGCCGCUGCAGCUGCAAUGGCGGCAAUGCUCGCUGGUAAUUUUCGUCCUGAUUUCGGCACUCAUUCUUCCACACCAGGCGUAACUGGGCCAUCCUCUCCUUUUUCUGAUAUCUCUGGCUAUCCCGAGGCUUCGCUUGAUGGGCAGGUUGCCCGUCUUCCCGGUUUUCGGCACUACCCAUUUACGGCAACUCCUUCUGUUAGCUUCUCUUCCGCUGGCCAAUCCUCAAUGGCCGCUAAUGGUGGAGUAUACUCUCCGACUGGAUCCUUGCCUCUUUCCCGACAUGCCGUUCAGUCUUCUGCAGGCCGUGCUACCUCUUCACCUGUUUUCUCAGUUCCUCCACCAAAUGCGACAUCUGGUGCUUCUCUUAUCGACGCGUUGGCAGGGCCUACCCAUGGCCUUGUUAAUGGUUUAGCAGCAGCUUCGGGCUGUCAAGCUUCGGCUUACCCCACAGCACUCACUACAUUGGCGAAUCCCGGGGAAAUUCACGCUGCCUUCCAAGCAUCUGUGACUGGAAUGGCUGCGACUCAGAGCACCCCUGCUAUUUUUGCCCAGCCAAGUCAUUUAGGUCCCGCCUACCCUGCAAAUGGAAUGACUCGACUGGGUCCCCAUCCUUCGCAGCUGGGUCCUGUCAACUCGGCAUCUGGGUUCAUGUCACAUGCGCCUCCUGGUAAUCAAUUUGCCCAGUUGCCGUCUGUUGGUAUCGGGUCAGCUUCAUUCCAUCAACAUCCGGAAGGACUUGUCAAUUGUAAGCGUUUACCUUUCAUUCCAUAUUGUAACCUCUGA